CCACCACCAUCAUUCCCAUCAUCAUGGCUGAGGAGCAGCAGCAGCAAACACCAGAGCCGGGCCACCAUCACCAGCCGCCGCAGCAGCCGCUGGAGAAGCUCGACAAGGCCGGGGCUUUGCCCUCCAUGGUACCCGGGUUGGCGGAGUCGGAGGCCAGUGCACUGCAGCAGAAACUGAAAAACUCCAUCUGCAAAACAGUACAAUCAAAAGUGGAUUGCAUUUUGCAAGAAGUGAUGAAGUUUACAGAUCUAGAAAAACUCUACCUCUACCUUCAGUUGCCUUCUGGUACCACCAAUGGAGACAAAAGCAAUCCGAAUUCUUUGACAUCCAGCCGUACCCAGCAAACGCAUGCUUUCAAUUGGAUCCGGAAUCAUUUGGAGGAUCAUCCAGAUACGUCACUGCCCAAACAAGAAGUCUAUAAUGAAUAUAAAGGCUAUUGUGACAAUCUUGGCUACCAUUCUUUAAGUGCAGCUGACUUUGGAAAAAUAAUGAAGAAUGUCUUUCCAAACAUGAAGGCUCGACGUCUGGGCACAAGAGGCAAAUCUAAGUAUUGCUACAGUGGAUUGAGAAAAAAGGCUUUUGUACACAUGCCAUCUCUACCUUGUCUGGAUUUUCACAAAAAUGGAGAUGGGUCUGAUGGAUCAGACAUUACAGGGCAGCUGCAAAAUAUUGAUGAAGAGGUCAGAUCUGCUGCUUGCAGUCUGGUGUGUGAAUGGGCCCAGAAAGUAUUAAUCCGAAAAUUUGAUUCAGUUGUUGAUCUUGCUCGCUUCCUUGUUGCCAGUCAUUAUAUUGGUACCAAAUCUGUUGCUGCGUUGUCUGUGAUGGCUGGUGCACCUUCAGGAGUGACACAAGCUAGUCAGCCUUCUGCAUUUGUGCCCAUGGCUGAAAGCAGUUCGUUUCAGCCCCAGGUGAAGACUCUGCUAACUUCCCCGUCAGUCGAUGCCAAGCAACAGUUGCAGCGUAAAAUUCAACAAAAUACGCUGAAGAAACAACAGGAGCAGAAACUCCAGUCUCCGGGAGAGCAGCACAUAAAGAGAGUGGAAGGUGCCACUGUUGGAGUGACCAACAUUCCCAAUGGAAACUCUGCUCUACUCGCUCCUCAGCCUACUAUUGGCAUUGUGGUGGCCACUGUUCCCAGUCCUAUUCAGGUGCAAAGAAGCAGACCACUGAUGACAUCGCCAAGUCCGUUAGGCUCACCAGACAGCAAGGUCCUCCCUUUGAAUGUUCAGGUUGUUGCUCAGCACAUGCAAUCAGUCAAGCAACAGCAGAAGACUGUCCAGAACAUUCCUGCCAGUCCACAUAAUGAUCGCUCAAGACCUCGUUACCAUCAAAUCUUGCCGAAACCAGCCUCAACCAACGCACUCACUCUCAGCUCUCCAACGACAGUGCUUUUGGCCAGUAGCCCUAUCAAAACUGUGGUAUCUGGAACCACCCACGUUAGCCCAUUGAAUAUGGUGAAGAUGACACCAAUAUCUCUCCCACCUGGCAACACUGUUGCAUCUCCAAAACUUUUAUCUGCAGUAAAUCACAGUGCUGCAACGGUUGACAAAUUAAAAACUGGCCCGACAUUAAGAGUCAGCUCAGCUGCCUGCCCUUCAAGUGCUGGCUCCAAAACACGCAGUGCCACUAGUACCCCAACUGCUGAGGUCAUUAAAUCCGAGCAUGAAUCAAUAUUCACUGAUGAAAACCAGACUGAUUGCCAAGACCAUUCAAUUCGUUCAAAGGAUCCCAGACGAACCAUUGUUUCCUCUCCAUGUGGUCAGAAGAGUAACGGUGAACCUAGCACAAAAGUGAAGAUGUCAAAUGGGAAAAUGGCCAACGAGAAGAUUUCAAAAGUCUCCAUUGGUCAGAAAACUGAAGUAAAACGGACCAAAAAUGAAGGCAAAUUUCUAGCGAAUGCAAAUAUGGUAGUUUCGCUUGCGAGCAGUCAUCAAAAUACUAUUUCUAUUUCUUCUGUUUCACAUUUCUGUACCACCAGCAUUAACUCGAAUUGUACUGUCGAUACUGCCAGUGCUCACAAAGACAACUUGAUGUGCCCCAAAAGCCCAAGAAAACGCUCUCCCUCUACUACUGCCUUUGAACCACAAGGAACUCCUGUAAAGAAACUUAUGCUUUCAGAACACCCUUCAGGUAGUGCAGACCAUCAGACGAUAUGUAAUAGCAUUGCAGUCACGACAACGCAAAAUUUGUCUGUAGCUUCGCAAGUAAAACAUGAAAAUGCACCAGCAACGAUUCUGACCCCGAGUAAAGUUACUGUGAAAUUGAAUACUACAGGAAUAACCCGUAUAUUAGCAAACCCUUCCUCCGAUAUUCAAGCAAGGAACCUGGAUUCCCUUCAAGUUGUUGAAGAACCAAGAUCUAGCUUUCCUGAAAACAAAACUAUAGAAAUUAGUACAUUCAGUCUGCAAGAUGACCGGAAUGCAAAGAAGAUUAAUAAUCAUUCUGAUGUCCAACAUAUCAAGAAUCACCAGUAUUUCUUGACUAACACAGAUGGGCAACAAAUUAUCAAUGCGAACCUGAUUGGGCCUUCUGGGACAACUGGCAUUCAAGUGUCUGUGUGGGAGCCAGUACAGUGCAAAGGACUGGAGCAGCAGUCUUUUGAACAGUAUGUGCAGCCUCAGAACCAGUUACAGAGUUCCACUUCAGGUCAGUUGCAGGGACUUAAUCAAGUACAGACCCCAAACCAAAUACCUCUGCAGGAUAAUUUGGUGGAACUCGCACCUUCAGGUUCACAAACCAAUGAGAACUACUUUCAGUUUGAUGAUGAUCUUACGCAGGACAGUAUUGUAGAGGAACUAGUAUUAUUUGAGGAGCAAAUGAAUGCUGCUCAUGCUUACGGAACUGGUCUGGGAAUACCUCCUCAUAGUCAUUCCACAAUAGUGCAAGGUACACUGAUGUCAUCUCAUCAAGCUGGACAGUUCUAUCAUUCAGUGCAUACUAGUGGCACUCCAACCCCAACUCCCACACCAACUCUGACACCUACGCCUAAUCCAACACCUACAUCAGAAAUGAUUGGAUCUCAGGCUUGCUCAAGUCCCAGUUCCCGAAUGGCUCAAACAACACCGGUAGAUAGUGCUCUUGGAAGCAGCAGACACACACCGAUUGGCACUCCUCACUCAAAUUGCAGUAGCAGUGUGCCUCCUAGUCCUGUUGAAUGCAGGAACCCAUUUGCUUUUACUCCAAUCAGUUCCAGCAUGGCAUACCAUGAUGCCAGUGUUGUCUCCAGCAGCCCUGUUAAGCCUAUGCAGAGACCGAUGGCCACUCACCCUGACAAAACAAAAAUUGAGUGGAUGAAUAAUGGAUACAACAGUGGAGUAGGCAAUCCUGCAGUUUCUACCAGUGGUGUUAAUAUCCCAAGCUAUCAGGAACUGGCUGAGGACCAUUUUCGAAAACCACACGCCUUUGCUGUGCCUGGACAAACGAUGCAGUCAUAUCAGCACAACGCCAUGCAGUCUCAGACCAGACAUCACGAUGCUCAAUUGAGCCGUUUGACUCCAGGUUCACCCCUACAGCACCACAUAGCUUCUAUGGUGAAUGGCAAUAAGCAGGAAGGCUUUGCAGUCCCAGCACCCCUCGAUAACAAAGGCAUCCAUUCAUCGGUAAUGAAUAACUUUAGGUGUCGCAGUGUCAGUCCUGCUGUUCGUCAGCGUAAUCUUAGUGGAAGUACUCUGGUUCCAGUGACUAACCUACCAAGAUCAAGUUUGGUACCUUUUGGAAGCCCAGUGACUCUUGAAGUUCAUAACAUCUUCGCUAAUAAUCUUUCAAAUAACAGUGCCAACAGUAUGGCGCAGCGGAGCCAGUCUGUCCCUUUGUCUGUUAUGAUGCAAACACCUUUUCCAUCUUAUCAGAAGCAAACCAACACUAAGAAAAUUACAAACGUGUUGUUAAACAAGCUUGACUCUGACAGUGAUGAUGCAGUAAGAGGUCUAGGAAUGAACAAUAUGCCCUCGAAUUAUACAGCAAGGAUGAAUCUUACGCAGAUUUUGGAGACAACAUCUAGUUUUGGUAGUGCCAACCAGCAAACAAUGGUUAAUUCAAGCCCUUCUGUCUAUGAUUUCCAGAAGCCUAGUUACCUCACAAAACACACAAGUAAUGAUCACAUGGGUUAUUCUUCUGGGAAUAAUCAAGCACAAACAGAAAUCGGAGAGCAAUCAUUGGAUUUCAACAGUACAGUCAAAGACUUGUUGGAUGAAGACAGCCUACAAUCAAACCAGCAAGGGGUUGGUCAGGUACCAUCAGAUCUUAAUAAUGUUGCCUCUGAUUUCUCCAGUGAACUCAGGUUGUCCUCUGAGCUCUCAGGCAGCAUAAAUGAUCUGAGCACUUUAGACACAAAUCUGCUGUUUGACCCGAGUAAACAACAGGGACAAGACGUUGAUACCACACUGGAGGAAUUGAAUGAUGAUGCAGUGUUCCAGCAAAUCUGUAAUGAGUCCAUGAACUCCAUGCAGUCUUCAGGAUUUGAUUGGAUGGAAAGUAAAGAUCAUCCUACCGUUGAAAUGUUGGGUUAAAUCAAAGAGUACUGUUAAAUAUACUGCCCACAAAUUGAAUUUUCUGACGCAUCAUAUUUGGCCUAACAGAAGUGCCUGCCUUAAGAGAAACACUUGCUCCUAAAAGGGUUGUGUUCUAGGAGAAAGCUUACUGCUCUGAAUACUUAAGUUUCAUAUCUAGAAUUCUAACUUUUUUUUAAACAUGUAUCUCAUUUUUAGAUGCCAGCAUUUGAAAUAUCUUCAUGCAUGUUUUACUGUAAAUAUAAGCACAUGUACAUAAGGUUGUUAAAGCGUUAAUCUGUUUAAUGCAAUUACGUUGAUUUACAUACAGGGCUGUGAGUUGGAUUCCUGGAGGAAAUGUAAAUGCAGAGGACCCCAUUUAUGAACAAUUGUAAUGAGAUCAAACUGUGCUCAAGAUCAACUUGUCCCAUGUACAAAAUUGUUUCCAUUCACUGAACUGCUCUAUUGCUAUUUACCUUCAUGAAGACCAGUUGUAUGCCAUCCAGCUAAAUUUACAAACUAAUUUAAUUGCCACAGUUUAAGGUAAUUCAAGGUUAAAUUCACAGUCUGCCAUCCUAAAUUGCAAUAACUUUUUGACUGGCCACUGUGCGGAAAGGUCUUAUUGGCUAUCCAUCAAAGUAAUACCUGACUUGCAUAUAGAAAGAAGAUUCUGUAUGUUUGCGGAACAGUUAUAAGGGGAAAUAUCGUUUUACUGUGUUUUGUGUGUUAGUAGUUGACUAGAAGUGGGCAUUUGGGUUAAAGGUUUUCCUUCAGUGAGAUCAAGAUGUUCCAUUCUAGGGGUAAGCAUUUUCCAUUCAUAAUUGUCACCAGAAUGGAGUUCUGCAGAUAAUGUGGGAUGCCCCUAACUAGAAGGUUUAAAGCACAAAAUAAAAGGAUGAAUGGAGAACACUAUUAAGUGUUCAUUUAGCUUGCUCUGACAUUUAGGAUUAUGUGACAGUGAAGUGGAUUCCUUGGACCAUCAACAAUGCUGAUGUUUGUUGAAUUGUUCAAUGUGCAACCAUCAAGAGCUCCAUUUACAGUACAUCAUUGAUAAUGGUGCAAUACUCAGCUACUUUCACAAGCCAGAUGGUAUGCAGCAUUUGCAUUUUUUCUUUACUUUUAAUUCCUGAGAUAUUGAUAAGCUCACCAACAGCUUCUAGGAGCAAAGUGGUAUUUCACCCUCGCUUUAAUCCAAAUGACCUUAGAUAAAUAGACCUCAAAAAAGAGUUUGAUCGAAGUUACAGUAAUUGCUUUUAAUAUUUAUCCCCAAAGAAAAGUGCAUUAAAUUAAAUAAUCAAGAAAAUACACUGGUGAGAAAAAAUAAGUAGAGAGCUCUGAGUCUUUGAAAUAAGAAUAUUGUCGAAAGGGAGAAGGAGCUUUGUUGGUAUUAACAUAUAUUAAUACACUGUAUUUAUAACCUGGAUUUCUGAACAAAACAGACAGUGUUUUUCCCUCUAAGUUUGACAAAGUCCAUGUUUUCACAGGCUAUGAUACAUCACACAAUAUAUACCCUGCAAUGCAGGCUAUUUGCAUUUAACUCUUUACAUAGUAAAUCUAUAGUCUAUUUGAUCUAAUAAAUUGGAAUUGAUCUUAAGUAGGCUACUGUGUAUCUUAAACAUUUGUAAAUUGAUAUUAAAAAAAAACUGCUUCCCUGAUAGCUCAGUCGAUAAAUUCACUCUGGCACUAAACCCUGCAGGCUAUGAAGUUCCUGAGUUCAAUUGCUUGUCUGUGCUGAGUUAGCCGAUUUUAGCUGAGACAGUCGUGAGAUGAGUGCUAAUAGUGCCCUGAACCGCCUAUCUUUGGAAAGAUGAAAAUUGACUAUGGAUCCCACUUCUAUUCAGUUAUUAACUACUUCCUUGGUGGAUGGGUGUGUUUGAAUGUCUGAUGACAGGCUUGAUUGACUGCCCCCCACAAAUGAGUAGCCUGCUCGUACUUUCUGUCACGGUUCAUAAAUCGCCACUCAUUCGAGGUAUUGGAGGGUGUCCCAUGGAACUGUACUCAAGCGUAAAUCAAUGCCUUUAAAAGAAAGAUUGGGCAACAGAUUUGUUUAAAAGAACUAUAUUUUUUAAAUGACAAAAUUGUGAAAGUACAAUAAAUUCCCAAGUUUUAAAUAAUUUUAAUUUACCGGUGAAUUCCUCCAUAGUAUAUAUACAUCACUGUCAGGGGAGUGAAUCAUUGAACACAAUCGUAAUAUAAAUUUUAAGAUAACUUUUAAAAACAAAUUCAGGCAGUUCAUUUUGAAAAUAUACUUUUAAAGGUGUUUGAAGAUUAGCAGAAUUGUAACUUGAAUUGAACUGAAAUUCCGUUAGGGAGUGUGAUAGUGCACAGACACUGUGAUUUGUAAUUAAUUCUAGAGCUCAAUAAUUUACCGUAAUAAGUUCACAUAAUUUUAGCAAGUUUUGCUAUUGAAUGGUUUGUCAAAUGUUUGCAAAGCUAUCUACAGUAAAAAAAUAUUUUUCAACAUCCGAGGUACAUUUACACACCUGGUUUUAAUUUGAAGUACAAGUCUCUAGCCCAUUAGUACAGUGGAUAAGGUCUCUCAAGGCCUGGGUCCAAGCUGUGCAAGUCCCAUCGCCCUUCAACUUCCACUGCUCUGACUGAAAGCAUGAUUAGUUAUGUGGUGAGGUAGGCAAACUGAUUAAAUCUGAAUCUGUAGGUGCAAUUAAAGCACAAUUGAACCAAGUGUCUUUAUUUUAGCUUUGUGAGUUCUACACAAGCAGAUAUUUUAUGUUCUGUUGGGUUUGUUAGCCUGUAACACCAAUUUUUAUGUUAACAAUAUAUUUUUUAAUGAGAAGAAUUGUGUUGUAGCUUUCUAAGCACUUUCUUUCCAUCACUCCAUCCUGCAUAUUUUGAUGGUGUCUGUAAUUCCAAGCAUUGCCUCUAUAAUGCGCAGGGACAGAGAUAGAACAAGUGCUUAUGAAUGAAUUGUAACUCUUAACAGAAUUUUUAUCCCAUGAUUUUAUACAUUGCUUCCAAAAGAGGCAAAUUGACACACCUAUAAAAAAAGAGACUUAAAAGGUUACUGCAGAACAAAACCUUGUGAUGAGAAUCUCUGUUGCAGCUGUAUUUCAUUGGGUUUAUGUAUGCAUAUUAGCCACCAAUUGCCUUCUGUUGUCAUCCACCUUUGUCUUUUUAAUUCAUUAAUAUAGUAUUGUCUUUUUAACUGGUCACAUUUAUGGUAAACCUUUGCAAGGCAGUCAGUAUUUUCCAGGUUCUUCAUGACGAAUCAGGCUGCAUAAGCUGGAGUUUGUCUACUUAAACAAAAAGUAAAACAAAUUGGGGUGGGGGAGGUGAAACAACUUGGCUGGUUAUAUUUACACUACUAACAUCACCAAUAAAUUUGGUCAAACCUAGUCUUGCAAAGAAUUUUAUCUGCCAUCUCUAAAAGUCAAGAGUGCAGUUGUAGCUUGAAAUUGGAUUUCAUUAGGGUAUUGAUUUUCCUUUCCCAAACUUUGGCUUGAGACAUGGAUAAAUAGAAUUAUUCAGGUUACAAGUGAAAGGUGUUUCCCUGUAUUUUUAAUGAUAGGAAUUCUCAAACAGCAAUUUGGAAAAACAUCUGCUCCAGAUUUGCUCUGUUUUUUUUCCCGAUAAACUUAGCUUUAUUGGCUCAAAUGUUAGGGUUAAAUUCUUCAGAUCAUGAAGAUUGCACCCAUGUAGAAUGGCCAAUAUAGAAAAUGUUCAUUCCGUGUAGCUCAUAGCUCCGUGAAAGAACUGGCAAAACAGUUGGCAGGGCUAAAUGUGAAUGACAUUUCCCGACUGUUGUACAGGAGGAGUUAAACCAUUUCCAAGCUUUUGAUUUAUUUUGUUUUUAACCACAUUUAAUAAUUCACAUUAGCACACAAAAACAUGUUAAUUUCUGAAACAAUAGCUCCAACUCUACUGAGGAAUCAUGAACCAAUAAACAUAAUUACAAUAUUUCAUAUUGUAAUUAAUUAGCUAAGUGAUUACAUUUUAUACAUGAACCUUAUUUUAAAAUUCCAUAUUUUAUUUUUUAUAUAAUUUCCCUUUUGCAUUUUUCCCCUGCAUCCAUCCAUCUCCAAUCCGACAAAGAUUUCUCCAAAGCAGACAAGGCAAGUAAAAUGGUCUCAUGUUUGCUUAUCCUUUCUAUGAACAGCAACUCUGAAAAUUGACAACUCCACAGAGUGAGUGAUAUCCAAAAGAGGGGAGAGUGAUACACACAUAAGCUUGAUUAUUUCAGUAUUAGCCUAAGAAGAAAACAAAUUUACUGUACUUAUAAAAUAUUCUAAACAAUAAAUGCAAAGCUUAAUAAACAUGCUAUUUCAAAUAAAACAUAAACAGGCUAACGCCUCUUUCUGUCAGUGGCUCAAAAUAUUUUCCUUGUGCGUUACAUUCUUAAUUCUGUUUGUUACUGAUGUGAACUCUAAUACUCAUAGAGCAUGAGAAAUUGAUGUGUACCAACAGCUAAAUUCCAAUGUUAGUAAACAUGGUCGCCAUCAGUACAGCUUUUUGAGACCGGUGUCCCAACUCUUGUUCAUGAUUCACUGCUCAAACGUCAAAACAAUUGUCUUCUUUACAAGCUCUGAUAUUCUCAGAUGCUUUGGAACAAAUUUCAGCUCGGGGUAGCCUAUUUCUUAGGCCAGAUUUUCGCGAACGAUAGCUAUACAUAUAGGCAGUGAUCGCAGUAAGUACAUUAAAUUCAGUAUAUUAAUUGCUUUAAGGUAACUAAUUCAUAUUGAUGCGCAGUCAUCCCAUUUUCUUUUGAGAAGUGUUUUAGAAAGACAUUUGGCAUUAAUUACAUUUAUAAAAACCACUUUAUCCUAGGAUGUGAAGGAUGAUUUUCUAAAGUUGGUACUUGAAGCUGCAGGCAAAAUAAAGUCAGGAGGAAAAUAGCAGUUCUAUUGGGGCCUAAUUGUCAGAAGUGUCUGAAAUAGUAACUGUCGCUAAAAAUUCAGAUUGAGCUGGUCAUAAUUAGCGUAACCAAGAAGGAAAUCUUUCACCUUGAUUCAAUAUUUAACCAAGCUGAUAGUUGUUCGAUGAAGGUUAUUCAAGUUUUAAUUAAACGGUGCAGGGGUGGAGCAAAGGGAGGGAUUGCAGUACCACACUGCACCAUAAUGAUGGAUUUGAAUUUUGUUCCUUAUGGGAAAAUGCAUUUAGGUAUAAAGGCAUUUUAAAUGUUUGCAUUGGGUACUGUGUUGUACAGUCAUUGCUUUAAAUGUGUAUGGCUUAACUCCAUGGGCAAUUUAAAGGCCUUGUGGUAUUGAUUCACUGAAAACCUUUAAAAUCUUGAAUUCUGAUUUUAUUUUGUGUAUGUAUGUCACGCAGCCUAGGCUUGAAUGGCUUCCUUCUGUCUUGUAAUUUCUAUGGAUUCUGUGUCAUGUAAUUGUUUUCAGAAUAAUUCCUUUUCCUAACGAGUAUUCCAGGGCAGUGCAAAAAGAUUUUAACGUCAUUUUGGUAAACCUCCCAUAAACUAGGCCCUUUCGAGAUGCAUUCUGACUGAACAAAUUUUAUUCGGAUUCGGAUUU